ACCUAGAGAAGCAGCGGCGUUUAUACGGCAGUAUAUCUCUGUUUUUUGGUAACAUUGGUUGCUAGCCUUGAAUACAUCCACUGUUUGCACUUUACUCUCUCCACGAGUUUUUAGAGGUCAAACUUGAAGUGAAUACAAACACAUUUUAUUUAAUUUCACAAUGAAUUCAUCAAGUGUUACUGUUAGUCCAACUCCUGGGAACUUGUUGGAUGAAUUUGAAGAAGCUUAUCAGAACUGCUUGGCUCCACUGAUCCGUGAAGACCCCCUAACUUGUGUUGAAGAAUCUGAACUGCGCACUAAUGCUGAGGCCAACACAGCACACUUCAUUGAAAUGGGACGAGCUAUGCAAGCUUUCUUCCUGCAGAAAAGAUUCCAAUUGGCUGCUCAGAAGCCUGAGCUGGUCAUGAUGGAGGAUGCUGCUGAGCUACGCGGGGAGCUUGUGCGCAAGGAUGAGCUCAUUAAGAAGCAAAGCGAGAAGCUAGUCGAGUGGCAGGCAACCAUUGCUUCUAUGCUCUCAAGACCUGGUGCAACCACCCCCUCCACCUUAGCCUCCUCCAUCCCUGCCCCUCCCUACACAUCCUCAGUGCCAUCCUCCAUGCAAGCUGGCACUCCAGGCCUUGUUGGCACCAUGUCAUCAGUGCCUCCAAUGGCAGUGCAAGGAGCUGGAGGUGGCAUGAUGGGGGGAGGACGCCCCGCGUCAGGAGGUUGUCUCAUGACAGGCUCCCAUGCUGGGAUGGGGCAAGGCCAGCACAUGAUGGGCAGCCCCAUGGGCGCUGCAUGUCAGAUGGGCCCAAGCAGCAUGGACUGUGGCAGAGGAGGAGGUGUGAACAUGAUGGGUGGUGGGGGAGGGGGCAGCUCCCCCCACAUGUCCAUGGGUUCAGUCAACUCCCCCAGCAGCGCCAUGAUGCAGGCUCAGCAGGGAGCGUCAGUGCCCACCGGUUACGGGGGAGUCUCUGUCGUGCCCGGCAACACAAACAUCAUGGGCAGCUAUGCUGGUGGAGGAGUCAUGGGCAGGGCUGAUGGUUCCUAUGGAGGCAUGGCCAGAGGAUCUGUGCCUGGGGGACUGCAAGGCCCUCUCGCCUACCUCGAGAAAACCACCACUAACAUAGGCAUGCCUUGAGCAGCGUUUAGGCUGCCCUAGAUCUCAAUUCUGUUCCUAUUGCAUUUAUCUAGGAUAGUAGGACCUAGAGAGGCCUUUGUAGUUGCUAUUGGGCUUCCUAGAUCUCGGUAUUUGGUUCCUCUUGGUUGCUGCACGAAUACGCGCCUUGUAUGCGAGUUGAGAUAGUACAAGUGAUACCAAAUCUGCACCUUCAGCAUUUUCAUCAGUAACAUUCGUGUGAUUUCAAGCAGUGUCCGUGAAGUUCUCGGUAUUAAACUAUAAUUUAAUGUUAAUUAUUUAAAUAAGUUCACGACAUUUAGCAUCGUUGAACAGUGAGGCGUUUCAACUGUUGAGUUGUUCCGGCCGUGGGAGGCUUGGAAUGUCCAUGCAUUCCUUUAUUGGAUUUUGGUCCUUCGGGCCCUGCAUUCAGCCGAGGUCGUGUGUAGAGAGUGACGAUAUCAGAGAGAUUGUAAUUAGAGAGUGACAAUAUCAAUAGAAAUUGAAUGUGUAGAGUAACGAAUUCAGGAGAGAUUGUAAGUGUAGAGUGACGAAUUCAUCAGAGAUUGUAAGUGGAGAGUGAUGAUAUCAGUAGAAAUUGUAUGUGUAGAGUGACGAAUUCAGGAGAGAUUGUAAGUGUAGAGUGACGAAUUCAUUGGAGAUUUUAAGUGGAGAGUGAUGAUGCUCGCUUUAGAAUUUUACGUGCUAUGCUUUGUCUCAAUGGUCAGUAUUUAAUUGUAUUUAUUUUUUAUUUGUUUAGUGUUAGGUUGCAUUGGGUUGUAUAUCAUCUGGUGACUCUAGUCUUUUUUAGUUAUGCUAAAUUCGGCCCUGCGCGCCCACUCCGUUAAUCCUCAUCGUUUUUUUCGAUGUUUUCGACCUAACGGUGUUGUUCUCAGUAUUGCCAAUUCGGUGGAAUUUUCUACAAUAGGUGAAUGCACCUUAGUUUUUUCUACGUUUUAUAGUAAAAUGAAUAUUCCUGAC